CCCGCCCGCCGCCCCAGGCCCCGCCUGGACGGGAGCAGCUCUGCCCGGGGAACCCGGAGCGCGCGAUUAAAUGUUAUUCAGAGUCCCUCCGGGCUGCCGGCUGCAGUCUGUGCGCCGCCCGGGCCGCCCUCCGGCACCUGCCGCCGCUGCGGGCGUGGAACUGAGGAGGAGGUGGCGGCGGCGGCGUCCCGGUCCCGGCAGGGCUGCCUCGGCCACAGCGAUGCGACCCGAGCGGCGGACCGGCUUCUCUGCUCUUUCUCUCUAUAUACACACCCGUGUACCAUUGCUUUGUGUGCCUGUCUCGCAGCCUCCGUCGUUGCCGGGUCUGUCCUCCGGAGGAGCCUCCCGCUCCCCUUCCGAGGGUCGAGGAGCAGCCCGUGGGCAGAGGCGGGGCCAGCCUCCCCCUCCGUGCCUCCCGCCAGAGGGGCGCUGCUGCUCCGCCAGAGGAAGCACUCAGAAGGCGGCCGCUCACCCACCCCGCACCGCCCCCCAUUCCACCCCAGGGCCCAAGCAGUUGCAGGGGGGCGCAAGGCCACAGGCUGUGCUCACAGCACCCCCGCCAUCUGCCGGGCUCCUCUUCCCAGCCCCCUCCCUCCUGCCAGCCUCCCCUUUGCAGCGAGGGGGACGCUGCGCCUCGUCCCGGCCACACAAGGCAAGGGCCCAACCCACCGGCAUGCAGCUUUGCCAAGGACUCCCACUUCCAUCGCGGGCCCGGGCUUUUCUCUUGCCCUUUCCAGUCUCUUGCGUAUCCCUUGCAGCCUUUACUUCUUUAUUAGACUUCAGGUCUCCCUCCUGCUUAUUACAAUCACUUGGAUUCACAUCUUAAUUUCGACAUGA